GGGGGUUUCAGUUUAGUCUGUGGAUGAGAUGAGGAGUAGGCCUUCUAUUGUGCGUUUUGCUCCUUUCUCCCACUCAACUUCAUGUGACGCCAGAUAUUUUCUCGCACGGUUAUUUAAUUGGUCGUUUAUGCGUAUGUUCUUUUGUGGUGUAUGUUAAAAUGUUUUGUAAAAUAAACGAAUUAAGAAAAGGUUUUUAUUUUUAUUUUAGCUUGCUUCCAGCUACGUAUCGACGCUUCCUGGGUCGCCAGGACAAAUAACUUUCUAGCUAACAAUAGCUAGGCGCUAAUAUUUCCUAACGGAAUGGCAUAAUGUCGGUAAUCAGCUUUCUAACGCUAACUGAGCAACCUUUUUUGUUGUUGGAUUCAGUGCGAUGUGUAUAAAAUAUUUGGAGGAACAGAUUACUGACAAUAAACCGUAAUUUGUUUUCGUAGUUUGCUUCAGUAGUUUUAGCAAGACCUGUUGUUUAUUUGAAGCUGAGUGUAACGCUAUCAUUCACCUUGUUUGAUGGCAAAAGUCGACUGCUAGCCAAUUAAUUAAAAUUGAAUAUUUGUUUUUAUCUACGUUGCGUGUUGAAUUCUACCCAUUUGUCUAUUUCUCUGUUCAUGUUUAUUUCCAUACUAUAGAGAGCUGAUAAUGUGAUAUCCAUUUACAAAAAGGAUAUAUUUUAAUAACAUGCUACAUUGUGCGCGUAUCAUGGCCCCAUUUCCUGAAUGUCAGCCUAGUUUUUUGUAGUAUUAUUUUUGUUGUCGCUAAAACUUUAAUGACGUCUCGAGAUUUGACGUGAUUUAAUUUGGGAUAGGCCGAAAAAACAGGUUUUGCAGUUGGCUGGAAAACCGCUCCUCACACACCCGUGUAACCCCUGUGGGUGAUAUCUGAAGUCAUGUUUCCAUGUUCAUGUUUAUCACUCUCCGCUUGUAGCUAGCCAGUGCAGCUACAGACAUCGUACUGCCGCGGGAAAACAACAUUAUGCAAUAUUAUUCGUUGUCAAUUUAUAUAUGUAUUAGGGUUUUAAGUCAUUUUUGUCACAAAUGUUUUAAUGGUGAGAGGGAAAAGUCCACACAUGCAAUCAUGACCUUAAUGUAGAACUGAUGGAAAACAUGUGAUGUAACUUACAAAACGGGCCUAUAUCAGGUGGCCUAGUUAAUGAAGUUUCUAGAAUACAUCAGGUCUCAGCUAGGGCUGUCAGUCCUAGAACUUGUGGUGGGGGAUCCAAGACGGUGCGGUGGGGAUUUUAGCAGAGGUCCACCAGCGAUAUUUUCAGUUUUUCACAGUGUUAUUUUCAGCAUUGUGCCCUCCUUCCUCAUAUGGUGAACUUGACUGACCGCCAGUGCUGCUGAAAAUGAGAAGGACAUUUAUUGGAGAAGCUUUUGGAGAAGUUUGACGGUCACCUUACACCCGAGUUGUUUAUACUAAACGGCUCGAUUGCGGGCGUUCAUCCAGCGUCUUUAUCCAUUUAUCGACUGAUUCGUUUUCAAGGUCAGCGCGGCGACUAGUCUCGUUCACCGAAGCUGCCUGGAAACGGCACGGUUAACAGAAAGGGAAGGAAUUUUGUUUUGGGGUGAAUAAUGAACAGUACCGAUGUGAAAUGGGGUACUGCUGCGGAGAGACCGAAUGCUGUACCUACUACUACGAGCUGUGGUGGUUCUGGCUGGUGUGGACCCUCAUCAUCAUGCUCAGCUGCUGCUGUGCAUAUCGCCAUCGCCGUGUCAAGAUGCGUCUGCAGCAGGAGCAGCGUCAGCGUGAGAUCAGUCUGAUGGCCUAUCAGGGCGCCUCCAGCUCCUUCAUAGCCCCACCCCCCCUGAACCUGAGGUUUUGGACGGACUGCAAACUCCCAGACUACGAAGAGGUCGUUGGCCACCCCCCGACUCCGCCCCCGCCUUAUUCAGAGCUUCCUCCGGACGCCGUUCCCCCGGCCGCGCCGCCCGCUGGCCAAUCGGAGGCCGCCGUGGUGCUGGAGCCCCCAGUGAGGGCGAUGCCCUGCGGCCAGCCAGCUGCCGAUUCGCCGGGGUCGGCGGAGGGCGUGGUGACUCCAGGAGAGGUGGGAGGAGCGGGCGGCGGUGGGGAGGAGGAAGAGGAGGAGGAGGAGGAGGAGGAGCAGCAGCUGCUGACGCGGCGGAGGCACGUGACGGGAGACUCAGGGAUCGAGGUGUGCGUGUGUCAGCUGGACGCAGACGAAGGCUCCGGCCCUGAGGAAGAGGAGGAGCAGGACGGGCCGUGCCAGGGACCUCGGGGCGAGUGCUGCUCCCAACGCCCCCCUGACAGGCACAAGCAGUGCCCCGCCCAGCGCCGGGACCCGCCCCCCCCCACCACCAGCAGCAGCGGAGACGGCCUGGUGUGAGGGCUCCGCCCACCGCCCUCGUGACUUCGC